ACGUGUCCCUGAAGGCGUCAUGACCUUUUACCCGCCAUGUUAGCGACACUCACGCUCAGGUUGAAGUGACAGGAGCCGCUAACUGCUAACGGCUAACUGCUAACCGCUAACUGCUAACUGCUAACCAGUAGUGGGGGAUGGAGGAGUUUCUGUCGAUCUGUCGCCGAGCCGUGCAGGUGAACACAGAGCAGCCUGGUCCUCGGUUCCACAUUGUUCUGGGGAAUGAGGCGUGUGAUGUAGACUCCGUGGUGUCCGCCCUGGCCUACGCCUACUUCCUGUCCAAGACUUUGCCCAGUGAAAUGCUCGCUCUCCCUUUGAUGAACAUCCGUCAGUCGGAGCUGCUGCUGCGUUCAGAUGUCGUCUUCCUGCUGCGACAAACUGGUUUGUCUCCAGACGUCCUGAUGUUCCGAGACCAGCUCGACCUCCGAGUCCUGCACCGAGACGGACGCCUGCGGCUGACGCUGGUCGACCACAACGUCUUACCCAGUUCAGACAGUGACCUGGAGGGGGCAGUGGUGGAGGUGAUCGACCAUCACCUGUUGGAGAGAGAGCCCUCUGCCUCUUGUCCUGUUAUUGUGGAAACAGUGGGAUCCUGCGCUACGUUGAUAACCGAACGUAUCGUCCAGAAAGCUCCGCAGAUCCUGGACCAGCAACUCGCUCAGCUGCUCUACGCGGCCGUGGUGUUGGACUGUGUCAACAUGGCUCCUGCUGCAGGGAAAGUGACUCCUAAAGACAGUCAGUACGCCUCCAUGUUGGAGAAUCGUUUCCCCACUCUGCCACCAAGGGGCGCUCUCUUCCAGGUGCUGCAGAAUGCCAAGUUUGACGUCUCAGGUCUGAACACUGAACAGAUGUUGUUGAAGGACAUGAAAGCUGUUUCAGGAAGUUUGAAUGUUGCUGUUUCUGUUCUCUACAUCCCACUGGAGGAGUUCCUGCAGAGGGCGGAGUUGGAGGCGGAGCUCUCAGGUUUCUGUCAGAGGUUGGGAUUUGAUUUGCUGCUGAUGAUGACCAUCUCCUUCACUGAGAGAAAAGAGCCAAUCAGAGAGCUCGCUAUGUUCAGCCACAGCUGCACCUGCAGGCAACAGAUGAGCCAAUACCUGGAACAGGCUCGUAACCCCGCCCUCAACCUCUGUCCAAUCAGCAGCCCCCAACCUCACAUCACAGCCUAUCAGCAAGGAAACACGUUGGCGUCUCGUAAGAAGGUCCUCCCCAUCGUGAAAGUUUUCCUAAAGGAGCUGGACGGAGACGGUUGCCUGGGAAAUGUGGAAGAGGAGGAGUCCCGGGUCCCUCCGACUCCAAUGAACAGUCUGGUGGAGGGCUGUCCCCUGGAUGACGGCCUGCCGCACAUCAGCACUCAGGACCUGGUGGAGAAGGUCAGCAAGAUGGCCGACAGAGGAGGGAACUGACCUCUGACCUCAGCUGACGAUUAGUAGUUUGUUUAUGUUUCAAAUCUGAACAUGGGCGACGUCAACAGGAUCAACAACAGAAUCUUCAGAAACAGAGGUUUGUGUGUUUUUCUGGAUCGGUUCAGUCGCUGACACCAGACUCAAAGGGGCCAGCUUCAGGGAAUAAUAAUAAUAAUGAUUAUUAAACAACUGAUGCAUUGAUAAUGACAACUAACCCUUAAAAUUUCUGAGGUUUUCUGUUUGUUAAAGCUGCCACGUGUAAGUUUUGACUUUUGCUACAUAGCCAACAAUAUCUUACAUUAGCAUUAGCAGCUGUUUACACCAACUUAUGUUUCUAGACAUGAGAACACCGAUGUUGACUUAAAUCAGCAUGCUAACCAGCUAGCUUCGGCCUGUUGUCUACCCAACCCUAACCCUAAUACAAGUCAGUCCAACAUAACCUCUGUCUCUGCUGCCCCCUUCAGGCCCUCAGAGUGAGCGCUCCUUCUCAUGUAAAGUCGUUCUCCUACAUGAAGUCUGACAAUAUUUCUGCUCCAUCGAUAACUUGGUUAGCACACAUUAAGCUCAAUUCAUGCUUCUGCGUUGAAGCUACAUCGUAGCAUAUGCGUAGACGUGUACGCACGUGGAGGCGCAGAGCCCUACGCCGUACUCUGACAUGCACCUCCCCAAAAAUGUAACUAUGCGUUGAGGCGACGCAGACCACAAGAGCUGUGAUUGGUCCGCUUGCUAGCGUCACCAGAAGGCUCGCCUCCAUUUUUUGAAUUGAGAUGAAGGAACGAACACGGACGACGUCUUUCUUUAUUUUGUUGCAGUUCUUUAAGAAUAAGUAAUUGCUCUUCAACAUCUAUCAGCUCCAACAUGAUCCUCUUAGUAACACUCGCCAUUACUAUGUGCGUACCUACAGCAUGGCUACAUCGCAGAAGCAUGAAUUGGGCUUGAGCUCGGUUUAUUUACUUUAGUAUGUAAACGUCACUGUUGCCCUGAACCCCAUUCAGAAAUCUGUCAGAUCAAUUAAGUUUUGUUUGAUCGUCUGUAUGAAAAAAUAAUGGUUGAAUAUUGGUAUUGUGAAGACGUUUUAUUAAUCAGUUCAAAUAUUCUAUGAUUCAACAAAAUAAAAACAUUUGUCCACAGUCCUGAUAUCAAUAAAGAUUUUAUUUCACAGUU